AUGGGUGUUUACACGGCUUACUGUUGCGGACUCUUGCUUGUCCUCCUUGUCCAGGUCUAUGCCAGACCCAGCCCAGAGCAAAGCCUCCAGGCUUUGACCAGACGAUUAGAGGAGGCUGAGCACUUUCUAGACAAUGAAGAGCUGGACAACGAAGGGGUGGAGGCUUCGCCGGCUGACAUCUCCUUCGACCUUCAAAAUGGCGCACGGGAAAUGGAGCGUGGAUUGGACGGGAACACGCAGGAAUUCCAGAGCAGGCCAAGAGGUUCUGAUAAUUUCUUGCUACGACUCCUCCAAGACAUUACCAUGGUCCCUCGGAGAGCCAGAACCCGAAGCAAGAAAGGGUCAAGAAGAGGCUGCUUUGGAAUGAAGCUGGAUAGGAUCGGUUCAAUGAGCGGCCUGGGGUGCUGA